UUAAGUUACAACAGCCAGUAUCUAGCGUGCUAUUAGAGGCUAAAUAACUUACCACUUUUUGUAACAUUUUUGUGCUAUUUUAUACGCCUACCACAUGUCUGUUUUCUAGUUAACAAAAAAGUAUGAAAUUAUUAAAUAAAUUAAAAACAUAGUCUAUACUGUAUGUAAAUUAUGACCUAAGGUUCCACUGACGGAUGGAAUUUCAAGACACAGCGAGUUCAACCUUUCAUCCACUGCCGUCGUCACUACAUGCCAUACAGCGUGAAGAGGCGUGCGGCACGCAGACGAGUAUUCAGAUCACUGUAGAUUUGCACCUGGGGUCCUGCAUAAGGAUAAGUGAAUACGAUUGUUCUCUAUUCAAAAGCUAAAAGGAAUCUGUUCAAAAUAAAACGGACGGAAGCAUUGAACGACCGAGAGAGACUGGACGCAACAGUCAAUCAAAAAUAUAAUUGCGGAUAUUGAGCAACUCUGACUGGAACAACAUGAGUCAAUGGAAACAAAUCCAGCAGUUAGAUAUGAAGUUCCUUGAGCAGGUUGACUACUUUUAUGAUGAUAACUUUCCAAUGGAAUUGCGGCAGGUGUUGGCAAACUGGAUUGAAAGUCAAGACUGGGAAACGGCCACAAAUCACGAGACCAUGGCUGCUGUUCUCUUCAAUAACUUCUUGGUCCAGCUGGAGAGACAGUGUUCCCGGGAACAAAACUUUCUGCACAGGCACAACCUGAAGAGAAUAUUCCAUCAGAUCCAGCUAAAGUAUAAAGCCAACCCCCAGCACCUGUCCUCUGUGAUCUCCAACUGUCUGAGAGAGGAGAGGCGUAUCAUAUCUGCCGCCAGCAUGCAGGAGCAGGGUCCACUAGAAAAAUCCAUGCAAAAUUCAGUAGCACUGGAGAAACAGAAGAACCUGGAUAACAAAGUGGCGGUUAUCCGUAGUAGUGUGCAGAUUUUGGACCAGGCAGUGAAGUAUCUGGAGGACAUGCAGGAUGACUUUGACUUUCGUUAUAAAACCCUCCAGCUUCGGGACCCAGUGGAUAGAAACUCUCAGAACAUGAAACAGGAAGUCAUGACACUUCAGGAAAUACUCAACCGUCUGGAUUUCAAGAGGAAGGAGAUUUUGUCCAAGAUGGGAGAUGUGAUAAAGGAAAUAGACACGAUGAUGGGCUCUCAGCUAAUGCCCGAGCUACAAGAGUGGAAGCGUAGACAGCAGAUGGCGUGUGUCGGGGGCCCUGUCCUCACUGGCCUCGACCAGCUGCAGAACUGGUUUACCAUGACUGCACAGAGCUUGUUCCAGAUCAAACGCCAGCUGGAUAAACUGGGAGAACUGAUUGUGAAGGUGACAUACGAGAGUGACCCUAUCCCUCUGCAAAGGCCUCAGAUGGAGGAACAAGUCAAAUAUCUCAUCUACCAUCUCAUAAAGAGUUCCUUUGUGGUGGAGAUGCAGCCCUGUAUGCCCACACAUCCUCAGAAACCACUUAUCAUUAAGACCCAAGUGCAGUUCACGACUAAAGUCAGAUUGUUGGUUAAACUACCUGAAGUAGAUUAUCAGCUUAAAGUGAAGACAACAUUUGACAAGGACCUUCCAUCCGGCAAAAUUACCAGGCAGUUCUUCAUCCUCACCAACACCACCAAAGUGAUGGAUGUGGAGGAGUCCUCCAAUGGCUGUUUAUCAGUGGAAUUCAGACAUCUGCAGCUGAAAGAGAAGAAAUGCACGAGUGGAACCAAAGGAAAUGAGGGUCCCCUAACAGUGACGGAAGAGCUCCACUCUCUGAGCUUUGAGGCCAUGCUGUGUUUGCAAGGCCUGGAUAUUGACUUAGAGACAUGCUCCCUGCCCUUAGUGGUCAUAUCCAAUGUCAGCCAGCUUCCAGCAGGUUGGGCCUCGGUCAUGUGGUACAACUUGCUGACAGAUGAGCCCAAGAACCUAGCAUUCUUCAACAACCCACCGAGGGCUAGCUGGAGCCAGCUCUCCGAGAUCCUCAACUGGCAGUUCUCCAGCUUUGCUGGCCGGGGCCUCAAUAAGGAGCAGUUGAGCAUGCUGGGAGAUAAACUUCUGGGUCAACAUGCCUCUUACAAUGACUGCCAGGUGUCUUGGUCUAGGUUCUGCAAGGAAAACAUCCUGGGGAAGCCGUUCAGUUUCUGGCUGUGGCUCGACUCUAUCCUGGAGCUCAUUAAGAAACACUUGCUUCCUGUUUGGAUUGAUGGCUACAUCAUGGGCUUUGUGAGUAAGGAGAUGGAGCGUGUUCUGCUGAAGGACAAGGAGCCUGGUACCUUUCUGCUGCGCUUCAGUGAAAGUCACUUAGGAGGGAUCACUUUCACCUGGGUGGAGCAAGAAAAUGGGGAGGCAAAGUUCAUCUCUGUGGAACCAUACACCAAGAGCCGCCUGAGUGCUCUACCCAUUGCUGAUAUUAUACGCGAUUACAAAGUCAUCGCAGACGGGAUUGUCCCAGAGAAUCCACUAAAGUUCCUUUACCCCGACAUCCCCAAGGAUGAGGCGUUUGGGAAGCAUUACAACAGUCAGCCAUACAGAGUUUGUUCCUACAUACAAACAAAUUUGAUUCCCAUCUCACUGAUCACCACGCCGCCCCCUUGCUUGUCUCCGGAGCCUCCCCUCUCCCCUGGCAUGUCGCACAUGCUCAGUGAGCAUAUGAGCUCAUACGACUUCAUGAAUUCAUUGGCAUGAUAUUGUUAUCACAGUUCAAAGAUGUAAAGUUUUCUGCUGAACGUGUACAAAAUUACAGAGGGAUGCCAAAUGGGAAAGACUCAAUGUACAGAGUCAAUGCACAGAUGUACUUACACAUGUAGUAAUCAUUUAUUUUUUGAAUAAACCAAUUUCAAAUGUUAUACUUCCUAUAUAUCAAUGGUAAGAAUUCUAUCUCCCUAUAUAAACUACUAUAAAGUUUGUAUCAUUAACAUGAAGCCCACAGUACAGCUUGGUGGUCACUGAGCAAGACAUUUAAUCAUUGAUUUCCUCUUACAAUUUUCCUUACUUGGAAGUGUAAUCAUAUUUGUUUCCUCUGGAUGUUGUAAAAAUAUUUCUAUGUGCUCUUAUAUGCUUUUUUUCUUAUUUCUGUUUAUAUGUGAUUUAUUGUUUAAUUCCAGUAUGUUCCUCUGUGGCGGUUAUGUAUGUAAGUUCAUAAGCCUAUUCCAUGUGUUGCUACAUAUGCCUAUAUAAGAAAAUAAAGUGCUCUAUUCUGAAA